AUGUAUGCAUACCCUGGUCAGACCUGGAGCUCGAGGCCCCAAGCCGAUUGUGUCUCAUCACAAACUAAUGUGUUUGACAUGCAUGCACCUGAAAGAAGACCCGUAGAUGCAUUCGACGGUGCGCGGCAACACACUCAACAGCCCAUUGUCACAGGCACAUCAGUGUUAGGCCUCACGUACAAGGACGGCGUAAUGCUUGCAACAGAUACACUUGCAUCGUAUGGAUCUCUUGCACGCUUUAUGAAUAUUCAGCGUCUAGCUCAGUUCGGCGAGCGUGUCGUCAUUGGUGCUAGUGGCGACAUGAGUGACUGGCAAAAUAUCCGGCACUCGUUAACCAAGUUAAUGGAGAAAGAAGAGAUGGAAAGCGAUGGGCACACUCUCACACCUGCACAGAUGUAUGCUUAUCUUUCGCGCACUAUGUAUGAGCGGCGGUCGAAACUUGACCCGUACUGGAAUGCACUUGUUCUGGGCGGGUUUGAUACGAAAACCAAUGCACCGUUCCUUGGCUAUGUCGACCUGCUCGGCACGACGUAUCAGAGUAGUACAAUCGCUACAGGGUUCGGUCUACACUUGGCACAGCCAAUGCUGCGCAAGGCGGUAGAAGGACGCGAAACACAUCUGACGGAAAAUGAUGCUCGAGCCAUUUUAGAGGAAUGCAUGCGUGUGCUAUUUUAUCGCGAUGCGCGCAGUUUAAACAGAUUCCAAAUCGCCAAAAUUACAGCAGAUGGUGCACAUAUUUCGGAACCGUAUAGUGUACCAACACACUGGGGCUUCGCAGAGGGUCUGCGUGGUUACGGUCCUCAAACACAAUAG